UGGCCGAGGGACCAGGGCUGGGGCGCAGGGGGUGCCGCGCGCGUGAACGAACAGUAAUUAACACUAAUUGCCUCGUCACUAAUUAACCACACAGUCAUUAGCAUGAGCCCCCCGCCCCUCGCCUGCUCGUCCCUCCCAGAUCCGAGGCCCAGACGACGCUCAGCACCCUGACGAAGCCGGGCAAUAAGCAGCGAUUACAGCCCGAGGAUCGCGGCGUCGGGCGGGCGCCCUUUGCUCGGGUCGGGGGUUCGAGUCCCCGCCGCGGGGCCAUAAAGCGGGGAGCGGCCCGGCAGCGCGGGCACCGCGGCUGCUGCCCGGGCAGAGGGCGUCGAGCGGCCGAUAACGCCCGCGGCCUUGUCCCCAGUCACACGGCGCCUUACUCACCCGUCCCCUCCCCGCAACAGGCAGCCGGGGAUCCGGCGGGGAGGGGGUGACGGGACAGGCUUUGGGCUGACACCCACGGUGGCCAACAAACCGUAGUGUGUUCAGCACCCAGGUAGCCACGGGGGAAACUGAGGCACGGAGGCAGCAGAACCCAGGCGUCCAGGCCGCAGGGGUCUGAGGGAACCAAGGCUUUUUGUGGUGGAGCCAUAAGUGGUAGAAUCCAAGUCAACGUCUUGUCCAGAUGUUCUCAACGCCUAUAAAAUGUGAUUAACGCAAAUACAUUUAAAAAAAAAGGGAAAAUGUCCUCAAAAAUGGGUGAAAGUUCACGGGCAAUCAGAGCGUUCGGACUUCGCUCGCCAGCUCCCGUCCCCUCCUGCCCCGCUCUGCGCAGGAGGGUGGAAACAUUUGGCUAAUGAGUUACGGGGAGCAGCGGGUCCGGCCCCGGGGUGGCCCUGCCAUUGCUCAGCACCGUCCCCAAUCAGGGCUGGGAGGUUUUGCAAUCGGGGACGUUAUUUCUGUGUGGUUGGAGUUUAAACUUUGCCACUCGGGUCGGGGCGCCACGGAGGAGGAAGAGGAGGUGGGGGACGGAUUCGGCGGCCGCCCUGCGCAGUGAGGGGGUUGAGGCGACAGGAGGGAUCGUUGGGAAUGGGAUCUCACACAGCCAUGGCCACCGGCGUGAGCGGCCUGGACAGCCUGGACCUGCUGGACCUGCUGUUUGACCGCCAGGACGGGAUCCUCCGUGGCGUGGAGCUGGGGACAGCACCGGGCGCCUGGCACGGGGACGGGCGUGGCCAGGAUGGCGAUGACUUCCUCAGCUCCGUCCUGGGCUCUGGGGACUCAGCAUCGGGCUCGCCCAGCUGGUCCCCGGCCACCAGCGACAGCGGGGUGUCUGAGGACCCCCCGUCCGACCAGCUCGACAGCCCCCCCCGCUGCUGCGAGGGGUGUCCCAGGGACCCCCUGUACCCCUACAGCACCCCCUGCCACACUCUGCCCAUCCCGGGGGGGACCGGGGCCACGCACCCUGACGUCUCUAUUGAUUUGGACAUGUGGCACCCCGGCUUCUUCCUGGAGGAGAGCCAGGACCUGCCCGCGGCGCCCCCGCCCGCCGCCUGCGCCCUCACCGUCAAGGACCUGCUGCUCUCGGGCAGCUCGGACGCCCAGCCGCAGGCGCCCGGCUCGCUGCUGAGGCAGAGCCAGGGGCAGUUCCAGGAGCUGGUGCUGACCGAGGACGAGAAGAAGCUGCUGGCCAAGGAGGGGGUGUCCCUGCCCACCCAGCUGCCCCUCACCAAGUAUGAGGAGCGGGUGCUGAAGAAGAUCCGGCGGAAGAUCAGGAACAAGCAGUCGGCUCAGGAGAGCCGCAAGAAGAAGAAGGAAUACAUCGACGGGCUGGAGAGCCGGAUGUCGGCAUGCACAGCCCAGAACGAGGAGCUGCAGAGGAAAGUCCUACACCUGGAGAAGCAGAACUCGUCCCUCCUGGAGCAGCUGAAGAAGCUCCAGGCCCUCGUGGUACAGUCGAGCAACAAGGCAGCGCAGACCGGAACCUGCAUCAUGGUGCUGCUGCUCUCCUUCGCGCUCAUCGUCUUCCCCUCCAUCAGCCCCUUCGCUCCCAGCAAGGCCGAGGCGGGCGGCGAUUUCAGACCCGUGCGAGUUUUCUCCAGGUCCCUGCACAACGCGGCCGCUUCCCGCGUGGUUCACACACAGCCCCAAGCCGGGGGCGAGAAGCCCGCAGAGCCACUGUGGCCAGAGCGCCCGGGAGAAGCCCCUGACACCCUGCACGAAACCCUCGCUGGCCGCACGUUCACUCCACGGCCUCACAAAAUCUCCCCCCGUAACGACACGCGGCCGUUUGCUCUGGAGGGGCUGAGCCAGGGGCACGUGGGGCGCGCUGAGCCCGUGUCUGAGGACGGCACCGAGCUGCACCAUGGCCUGGGCUCGCUGGAGUGGCCCAACAGGGGCCACGGCCGCCCCACAGCACCGGAGCCAGUGGAGGAGCUUUAAGCAGCCACCAGGGACCACGGGGGAUGCGAUGGGCUGGCUCAGCACCCCGGCCCCUCCGGGAUCUGCCCCCGGGCACCGGCAGGUGCUGGACCCGCUUGGCUUUGCUUGUAUCUGUGAACUGGGGAGAAGAGACCAGUUCCCACUGGCCUUACUGGGAGGGAAUGGGCUGCUCCUGCCCCCCAGGUGUAGCAGUUGUGGAAGGGACACGGGGCCACUCAGGAUGGGGACAAAGGGACCGGAGGAGCCCUGUGCUGGCUGGAUGUUGCAACUGGUUGGUUUUGUUCUUUUGUUGUUGUUGUUGUGUUGUUUGGUUUAUUUUUUUUUUAAGCUUUAAUCUCUAAAUAAAAGGUAUU